GCCCUAGCAACUCCCUUCUAUAAAUGAAGGAAGAAAUAAUAAUUCUGGCAACAUCAAAACGGCGAUAUUUCAAUUAUUAAAAAUGGCAGAGGUCGAAAUCGUAUCAACGUCCUUAGUUGGAGCUGCCGGUGCAUCAACGGCGGAAAGAUCAAGAAUUGAGUUGACCCCAUGGGAUCUGCGACUCCUCCUGAUUGGCUCCAUCCAGAAAGGCCUCCUCUUCCACAAACCCACCCCUCAACAAGAACAAAACCUCUUCAUCCACUCCACGUUAAUUGAUCACCUGAAAACCUCUCUUUCCGCCGCUCUCGAUUUCUUUCCUCCUCUUGCCGGCCGUUUUGCUACGGACGAGGAGGAUGAGAAGCAUAACACCUCCACCGUUUUUGUCGACUGCAAUAAUGCAGGUGUCGAGUUCGUAGAAGCCAAGGCCGCCGGCAUCACCGUCGCGGCCAUUCUUGAUCCGUCCAACGACGGCGCUGCAAAGACAAUCCGAUCUUUCUUUAACCUUAACGGAAACCGUAACUGCGACGGGAUCUGCAAGCCGCUGCUGGGAGUGCAAGUAACGGAGCUUCUCGACGGCUACUUCAUCGGCUGCACUUUGAACCACGCCCUUGGCGACGGCGCUUCCUUCUGGAACUUCUUCCGUUCUUGGUCGGAGCUAUCACGCGGUUGCCCUCAAAUCUCGGAACCUCCCAUCCUGGACCGCUGGUUCCCGGAAAACACCACCCGCCCGGUUCGUCUCCCUAUGGUUCUCAACAAAGAAAGACUAUCUCUCGGCUGUAUGAAAACUCCGCCGGCAUAUGCAGAGCGGGUAUUCCGGCUGAGCAGAGAAGCCAUAGCCAAGCUCAAAGAAAAAGUGAACUCUGAAUCGGGAAUGCCAAACAACAACCCCAUCUCCUCCCUGCAGGCAUACAUGGCCCACAUAUGGGUAUCGGUCACUCGCGCACGGGAACUCGACGGGAACGAAGACGUUCAACUCUCCAUUACCAUCGGAGCCCGAUCGAGGGUCCCACUGCCGGAAGGGUACUGGGGAAAUGCGAUUUACCUAAAGAUGGUGUCGGCUAAAGCAGGGGAGCUCAUAGAGAAAGGAGUGGGUUGGGCAGCUUUGAAGCUGAAGGAAACUGUGGAGAAGCAGACGCGUGAAGAAGUGAUGAAUGAGUAUGUGAACUGGGUGAGAUCGCCGGCGUUUCUCAGCGAGAAGAAGCUUUACUUGGCUGGUAAUACGCUGGUCAUAAGCAGCUCUCCCCGGUUUGACAUGUACGGUGCGGAUUUCGGGUGGGGGAAGCCGGUUGCGGUGAGGAGCGGAAUGGGGCAUAAGUCGGACGGGAGAGUCACCCUUUUGGCCGGACCGGAGGAAGGGAGUGUGGAUAUAGAGCUCUGCAUUCUACCCAAGACUUUAAUGGGACUUUGUAACGACCCAGCGUUCAUGGAGUAUUUCACUAUUCCGGGAUGUUAAUUAACGGAUCCAAGGAUUGUUCUAUGGUACCUCUAAAAAUUUUGAAGUGGAAACGCCAUAAAAUCUGAAGUUCUACGCUUAAGGGAAGAAAUGUUGUUGGUGGAUGCAGGACUUGGGACCCCCAGAAUUUGAAUGCAAGAUGAGCCUACAGGAGUCUCAAUCAACAAGCCACCAGGUUUGAGAAUAAGGUGGGAUCCCUGGAUCUAGUAGCCGGUGAAUCACUGGGGGGAGGGGGUUGUGACUUGAAAGUGGCGACGGGGCAAGGGUAAAUGGGCGGCGAUUCAGUGAAGGUCUCAACAGAGAAAUGGGGCAUCCGUUUCAUGUUGCUUUUGUCCAAUCCUCUUCCGCAACUUUGCAUAUUUAAACCACGUCAGGUUUUCGCCUCAGGAUGUGCUUGUUAAAAUCAAGGUGAUUGUGUAUUGGAUCUUGUUCAGUUUGUACCCUAACUCUACUAUCGAUCUUAGAUUCUGGCCUUAAUUUGCUUUGAAUGUUAUAAUGGUAUUAUUUGAAACCAGUUCUCUGCAUAUGUAUUAGUUUAACUUUGCACUCUAAUUUUUCAUCCAUGUUUGAGUUUGUACCUAUUUUCCAAAGUCAAUAGUAUUUGC